AUGCCAAGAUUGCAGUUCGUCGACGUGGAAAGCACAUCGUCUCGCGGAUGGGUUACAGCAUUUGAGGAGCCGAAUCUUUAUGAAGAUAUAACGAAUAGAGCUAAUUUCGCAUUGUCUAGUGUUGCUCACUGCGGCGGUGUUGACCAAUUACUGCACGACAGCUCGGAAUUGGCAUGGAGAACAAACAUGAGCCCUCCUCACCAGGCAGUUCUCACUUUUCAAGGCAAAACCGACGUUUCUUAUAUAAUGCUUUAUCUGGAUUUUGUGAAAGAUGAAUCGUAUUGUCCGCAAGAAGUCCGAAUAGACCUCGGUUGGGGUACAAACGAUUGGUGGCAUCAAACGAAUCGUCGAGUGAAUCAGCCGCAAGGUUGGGUGAAAAUCCGAUUGCUCGACAAGAGAGACUUGCCACGACGUGUAAUGGCACUACGAAUGACUGUUGUGAAAAAUCACGAGAAGGGAAGGGAUUGUGUUAUUCGACAUUUCCGAGUGAUCGGUCCGAAAUUCCACCACCACGACGCGAUGAAUCGGCUAAUGCUCGGAAACACGACAAUGCUCGGCGCAGUGCCAGCGGAAGAGAAGGAUAGAAGCAGAGUUCUGAACAAUCAUCUCACAAUUCGCUGA